GUUGGAGAAAGAGCUGGGUAGCGCCGGUGCUCCUUCCUCCUGUUUCCCUCCCCCGGCCCCGAGUCCCCCGCCCUCUUUCUGCCCUCAUUGCGGCCAAGCGAGCCGGCCAACAGUUCCCGGGGGCGUCUUCCGUGCGGUUGCGAGAAACUUCCCACAUUCCUCUAAUGAGCCUGGCACUGUGAUGAAACACUUGUGUCCGAUCAUCUGAGUGACUCUUCCCAGCAACCUUAGGAGGUAAUAAUGUUUGAAUGGAACUAUUAAGGGUUCUGAAGUGAAAUUGUAAGAUUAAUAAUGGCAGGAAAAUCGUCACUUUUUAAAGUAAUUCUCCUUGGAGAUGGUGGAGUUGGGAAGAGUUCUCUUAUGAACAGAUAUGUAACUAAUAAGUUUGAUGCCCAGCUCUUCCAUACGAUAGGUGUGGAAUUUUUAAAUAAAGAUUUGGAGGUGGAUGGACAUUUUGUUACCAUGCAGAUUUGGGAUACAGCUGGUCAAGAGCGGUUCCGAAGCCUGAGGACACUUUACAGAGGUUCUGACUGUUGCCUGCUUACUUUUAGUGUUGAUGAUUCACAGAGCUUCCAGAACUUGAGCAACUGGAAGAAAGAAUUCAUAUAUUAUGCAGAUGUAAAAGAGCCCGAAAGCUUUCCUUUUGUGAUUUUGGGCAACAAGAUCGAUAUAAGUGAACGGCAGGUGUCUACAGAAGAGGCACAAGCAUGGUGCAGAGAUAACGGCGACUAUCCUUAUUUUGAAACAAGUGCAAAAGAUGCCACCAAUGUUGCAGCAGCCUUUGAGGAGGCAGUUCGAAGAGUUCUGGCUACUGAGGAUAGGUCAGAUCACCUGAUUCAGACAGACACAGUCAAUCUUCACCGAAAGCCUAAACCAAGUUCAUCUUGCUGUUGAUCAUUAGAUUUUCCAUACGUUUUAACCAACUCACACAUAUACACACAAUAAAUAUGACGAGGGUGGAUAAGCAAAUUAGCAUUUGCCACAGCGUUCAUCUACUAAUAAAAUUAAACUAACGUAUAUUGCUACUUCAUUAGUUGGUGGGAGAAGGGACAUAUCCACUCUGGAGGAAUCUAUUUACCUGGUAAUGGCAACUUACAUUUAUAAAUUGUAACGGUUGUCUAAUAAUGUUUAAUUUAAAUUUGUAAGUUAGAGCUAAUAAGUAAGGUGACCAGGAAUUUAAUUGUAAUUCAAACAAAAAACUUGACUGUUGUAGAAAUUAUACUUGGAUUGUUUUUUCCCUGGGAAAAUGGAGGACUACUUUUAUAUGGCAUAUUUUUAUGUAAUUAGCAUUCUAUUCUUGGUUCAGGAGAAAAUUCCUAAAGCAAUAAUGUUAAAUAUUAAAGGUUAAAUCUAAUGCAUUUAUGUUUGCAUUGCUUUUUUGAUUCUUCAUCUCUUUAAAGUGAUUUAACUUUUUUAUGUCAUUCUACAUACCAUUAG